AUGAGAUUAUUGUUAUCCUUAGUAUUAAUGUAUGAAUUCAUAAUAAUUUAGAGAUUUAUGUUGUGGAAAUAUAGUCAACACAACUGAGAAUAAAAGUGAAGAAAAUUAAGAAAUUGAUAUUGGUUUACAAACAUAUUGCAAAAAAAUUCAUUGUAAUACUUAUACAUCUGUAUUAAUCUCCUUUAAAUUUUAGUGUCAUUCUUGUGAGUUUAAGAACUGUUGUUAAUUUAAUUUGGAAAAUAAUUAAUGCUUACGACUCUUAAAAGCACCAUUUAAUUAUUCUGAACUAAUUGAUCGAAGCAAAAUAGAAGUAAAGAAUAUAUCUGAGUAUCCGGAUCCUUAGAUGAAUGUUACUUUUCCAAAAUGUAAUAUUGUUAAUGAAGUUCCUCUUUAUAAUGCUACAAAUUAUUUAUUUAAGAAUCAUGAUAUUUGUGGAAUACCAAAAUAUUGUCCAAAUUAAUCAUAUUAUGUUUCUGCUGAAUCUAGAAUUGUCUUUUAAAAUGUGAAAUCAUAUGUUGGUUAAGGAGAACUUUGUACAAUAUAUUUUUAAGGAAGAAUGGGUCCAGAAUUCUUAAUAUAAAUAGGAAUAGGAAAUUUAUCUUUAAAAGAAGUUAAAGCAGACUUAAGUAUUUGUUUAUCUGUUGGUCUGUUUGAUGACUUCCCUUGUAUAGAUUCUCUCUAAUAAAUGUAAUAUUAUGUUACAAUUUGAGCAAAUUAACCAAGAAUCUUUAUUAUAGGAUAAGAGCAAAUUAAUUUAGAAUUACUUUAUAAUUCACAGAAGAUGCAGAUAUAGAUUUCUCUCAGAUAUUCUAUUAAAUUAUCAGCAUUCAAAAAUUGUAAUUAAUUGUCUUUAUAUAAAUUAGAAGUUAAUAAAAUUAGCAAUAGCUAUUUUAAUUUAUUAUCAUACUUCUAUUAACAAUACUUGGGAGUAUAGUGAUAAUGGCUUUGAUUAGAACUAUUUUGAUAAGAAUAUUUGGCAGAAGGUUUGUUGAAUGGUUAGAUCCCGAACCAAUUUUUCCUCAUAGAAGAAGGAAUUUUAAUGUUUUAUCUGAAUUUGAAAGAUUAAAGUCUUAAAAUCUCAUCCAUCAGAUUAAGUAAAAUGAAAUGAAAUUCGAAUAAGACAGAUGUGCAUAUUGUUUAGAAUCAUUUUAAACCGGAAUAAUUAUUGAAAUCUUUUGUGGACAUUGUUUCCACGAGCAAUGUAUACAGAAUCAUAUGCAAAUAUAAAAAAAUGUUGGAAGAUGUUCUAUUUGUUUAGUUGAUAUUAAUAAAAUGAAUUUAAUUGAUAAAAUGAAUUAAACUUUGCAGUAGUAAUAAGCAGCAUAAGAAUCUUUGGCAAAUCAAAGUCAGAUAUAAGAAAAUUAAAGCAUGAUUAAUAAUAAUUUAUAAUGA